CCCCGCCUCACGGCCCGGGCUGUCCGCCUCCGGGCCGCGGCCCCUGCCCGCCCGCUGACGGAAUGGUGGCGCCGGUGCUGCUCCCUACGGCCGGUCCCGCUGCAGCCGGCUUCCUGCAGGCCUCCCCGCGGCCCUCCAGCCCCAUGGGACGGGGGCCUUUGCCGGGGCGGCUGGGAUAGAAUGGUGGCGUGUCCCGAGCUGGGAGGGACGCGCAAGGACCUGCACAGGACACCCCAACAAUCCCACCGUAUUCUGAGGGCAAUGUCUGAACGCUCCUUGAGCUCUGCCAGGGCCAGGCCCUGGGAGCCCGUUCCUGUGCCUUCCUUGCCCUGCGCCAGGGGCUCGGCAGAGGCUGGUUCCUGGGGAAAGGGCAGCUGGUGUCCAUGGGGGGAUGAAGCAAGCCCUGUGCUGGCAGGAUUGGGCAAGCUCGGAUCCCUAGGCUGCGGCUCAACGUGGAGCACAAGCAGGUUUCCACCCUGUGAGGCCCGCGAAUGGCCCCGCAAGGACAGGGCAAAGGACAGGGUGUCUGGGAAACCAGCCUGGCUUGGGGCUGCAGGAACUGCAGGGAACAUUCCCUGGAACGACCCAGCUUCCCCUGACCCUCCCCAGGCCAGCACGGCCCCCGCUGCACCAGGUUCUGCUCCCAGACAGGCUGUGACUGGCAUUGUUUACUUAUUUAUUUAAUCUCCUGUUGUUUGUUUAUUUAUCCCAUUAUGUCCCCAGGCCCAGCUGCGGUGGUGUGCUGGGGGCAGGACAUGCUCUGGGCACAGGGGGACACAGCUCCUGCCGGCUGCUCAGGAAUCCAGCAGCCGGGAGCUGGCUCGCUGUCACCGCCGAGCAGGAGCGCGGGGAGCGGCCGGGUCACCUGCUGGCACUGCCUUACCUGGCUGCACCCCCGGGACACGGCCAGCUGUGAGGCACCAGGCCUGCUGUGCUUGUCCCGGGCUGGGGGGGCUGCCAGCAGCACCUCCGUUGUGCCAGUGGGCUGACGGCACGCCCGUGCUCCCUGCCUCCAGCUCUGCAGCUCCUGCUCCCAGUCCCAAAUGCCACCUUGUGCUCUCCCACCACAGUGGCCCCAGUGUGCUGGCGGAGAUCGUUGAAUGCUAGAACACCCCGAGCUGGAACAGGCCCACAAGGACCAUGGAGCCCAGCUCCUGGCCCUGCACAGGACACCCCAACAAUCCCACCCUGUGCCUGAGAGCGCUGGCCAAACGCUCCUGGAGCUCCGGCAGCCUCGGGGCCGUGCCCAUUCCCUGGGGAGCCUGGGCAGUGCCAGCACCCUCUGGGGGAAGACAAGAACCUUACCCUAAAUCCAACGUAAGAACACACCGUGUCCCUGGUCACCACAGAGGUCCCUGGCAGUGUCCCUGAGCUGGGGGCAUGAGGGGCACACAGGGCACCCUGGCUGGCAUCUCAGCCCGUGUCUGCCAUAGCACCCAGUGAGCACAGGAGACCCUCCCCAGGCGGAGCCGUUACUGCUCCCCGGCCCCGGGCAGCGGCCGAGCCGGCCCCGCUGCAGCCGAGGGCACCGAGAGCCGGUCUGACGGCGCCGGGCGGCUCUGCCGGUUCCCGCCCGCACACGGCAGAUGCUCCGGGAGACGGGCGGAACCGAAACCCCGCGGCGGGGCCGGGCUGCGCGGGGCUCGGGGCUCGCCGCCCCUCGCAUACAGACCGCGAUGCGCGGGGUGAAUCUCGCAAAUCGGCCCGGGGGGCGGCCGGGACCCGGCAAAGCCCCGGUCCCCCUGGUCCUACCGCGCUCCGCCCCGUCCGGUGGGCGCACGACCGGCUGCGGCGCGCCCCGCCCCGCCGCGCCCAUCGCGGGGACCGCGGAGCGCCGGGGCCGGGCCGAGCCGAGCCGGGCCAUGCCGUGCGAAUCCCGGGAGCCGAGCCGGGCCAUGCCGUGCGAAUCCCGGGAGCCGAGCCGAGCCAUGCCGCGCGAAUCCCGGGAGCCGAGCCGGGCCAUGCCGUGCGAAUCCCGGGAGCCGAGCCGGGCCAUGCCGUGCGAAUCCCGGGAGCCGAGCCGGGCCAUGCCGUGCGGGGCUCUCCCAGCGGCGGCGCUGGGCCUGCGGGUCUUGGUGCUGAGCGCGGCGCUGGGAGCGGGGGCGGUCCCGGCUCAGCCGCCCCCCUUCCCUUUCUGGGACCCCUCGCUGCCCUGGCAGCGCCGCCUCGACGACCUGCUGGGCCGGCUGAGCCCCGCCGAGCUGGUGCUGCAGGUGGCGAGGGGGGGAGCGAUGGGGAACGGCCCCGCGCCCCCCAUCCCGCGGUUGGGCAUCGCGCCCUACAACUGGAACACGGAGUGUCUGCGGGGCGACGGCGAGGCACCUGGAUGGGCCACGGCUUUCCCGCAGGCGUUGGGGCUUGCCGCCGCCUUCAGCCCAGAACUCCUCUACCGUGUGGCCAACGCCACGGCCACCGAGGUGAGAGCCAAGCACAACAGCUUUGCCGCUGCUGGCCGCUACAGUGACCACACCGGGCUCAGCUGCUUCAGCCCUGUCCUGAACAUCAUGAGACAUCCACUGUGGGGGAGGAACCAGGAGACCUAUGGGGAGGACCCGUUCCUGAGUGGGGAGCUGGCCCGCAGCUUUGUGCAGGGGCUGCAGGGCCAGCACCCCCGUUAUGUUAAGGCCAGCGCUGGCUGCAAACACUUCAGCGUGCACGGAGGCCCUGAGAACAUCCCUGUCUCCAGGCUAAGCUUUGAUGCCAAGGUGCUGGAGCGGGACUGGCGCAUGACCUUCCUGCCCCAGUUCCAGGCAUGUGUGCGUGCUGGCUCCUACAGCUUCAUGUGCAGCUACAACAGGAUCAACGGCGUCCCCGCCUGUGCCAACAAGAAGCUGCUGACGGACAUCCUGCGUGGCGAGUGGGGGUUUGAUGGGUACGUGGUGAGCGACGAGGGGGCUGUGGAGCUCAUCAUGCUAGGGCACCACUAUACACACAGUUUCCUGGAGACGGCAGUUGCCUCGGUGAACGCUGGCUGCAACCUGGAGCUCUCCUAUGGCAUGAGGAACAACGUCUUCAUGCACAUCCCUCAGGCUCUGGCCAUGGGCAACAUCACGCUGCAGAUGCUGCGUGACCGAGUCCGGCCCCUCUUCUACACACGGAUGCGCCUGGGGGAGUUUGACCCCCCAGCCAUGAACCCCUACAGCUCCCUGGACCUGAGUGUGGUGCAGAGCCCCGAGCACCGCAACCUCUCACUGGAAGCUGCUGUCAAGAGCUUUGUGCUGCUGAAGAAUGUGCGGGGGACAUUGCCCCUGCGGGCCCAGGACCUGUCUGGCCAGCACGUCGCGGUUGUGGGUCCCUUUGCUGACAAUCCCCGGGUACUGUUUGGGGACUAUGCACCGGUGCCGGAGCCUCAGUACAUCUACACUCCCCGGAGGGGCCUGGAGAAGCUGGGGGCCAAUGUCAGCUUCACAGCGGGCUGCAGCGAGCCACGGUGCCAGCAGUACUCGCGGGCAGAGCUGGUGAAGGUGGUGGGGGCAGCUGACGUGGUGCUGGUCUGCCUGGGGACAGGGGUGGAUGUGGAGACAGAGGCAAAAGACCGGAGUGACCUGUCCCUGCCGGGGCACCAGCUGGAGCUGCUGCAGGAUGCUGUGCAGGCGGCCGCUGGGCGCCCGGUCAUUCUGCUGCUGUUCAACGCGGGGCCCCUGGACGUGAGCUGGGCGCAGGCACACGACGGCGUGGGGGCCAUCCUGGCCUGUUUCUUCCCUGCCCAGGCCACCGGCUUGGCCAUUGCCAGGGUCCUGCUGGGCGAGGCAGGGGCCAGCCCGGCUGGCCGGCUGCCGGCCACUUGGCCUGCAGGCAUGCACCAGGUGCCAGCGAUGGAGAACUACACCAUGGAGGGACGGACAUACCGGUACUAUGGGCAGGAGGCCCCGCUCUACCCUUUUGGCUAUGGGCUGUCCUACACCACUUUCCGCUAUCGGGACCUGGUGCUGAGCUCCCCAGUGCUGCCCGUCUGCGCCAACCUCUCUGUGUCUGUGGUGCUGGAGAACACAGGGCUGCGGGACAGCGAGGAGGUGGUGCAGCUGUACCUGCGCUGGGAGCAGUCAUCCGUGCCGGUGCCCCGCUGGCAACUGGUGGCUUUCCGCCGCGUGGCCGUGCUGGCCGGCCGGGAGGCCAAGCUGUCCUUCCAGGUGCUGGCUGAGCAGCGCGCGGUCUGGGCACAGGACUGGCGCCUGGAGCCUGGCACCUUCACCCUCUUCGCUGGUGGGCAGCAGCCGGGCCAGAAGACGCGGGCGCCCUCGGAGGUGCUGAGCGCGCGGUUCAGCGUCACCGGCACGGCCCGGCCCUUGCGCCUGUGUUAGCGGCGGGGUUGGGCGCGGGGUGCUGGCAGAGGGAAGGGAUGCGAGGUACCCCAUGUGCCGCGGGCAGCGUGGUGGUUCUCUGCCCUGCAAUAAAGUGCUGGUGCUCCGUGG